ACCGACAUAUGUCUAUCAAGGAUCUCUCAAUGUUUGGCGGGAUGAAUAUAGAGCAAUUGCAAGUUUGUAUAUUGGUUGAAUGCAAAGAGAUGCGAGCGAUUGUUGAUGUAAGACACUCAAGUGUAUUUGAGGAUAUAUUUCCCCGUUUGUUGAUGUUGAGUGUAUCAUACAUGAAGAAUCUGAGGAGCAUUUGUGAAGGACGAGUUCAUUCCAAGCACUGCUUUGGUAUGUUGAAGACCUUAGAAUUGCACAAUUGUCCAAAGUUAACAACUAUUUUCACCUUGGAUUUUCUAGGCAACCUUUCACUGUUGAAGGUUCUUCUAGUCAAAGAUUGUCCAAAAAUAAGUGCUUUAAUAUCUUGCGGAUCAUUCGAACUGAGAGUUGGUACUUUCCUCCCUAAAUUAAGAACAAUGACACUUCUCCAUCUUCCUGAACUGAUCAGCAUUUCCAGUAGAUUGCACAUAGGUCCAAGUUUGGAAAACAUGGGAGUUUAUGAUUGCCCAAAACUUCAGACUCUUUCAAAAAAGGAAUUGUCAAGUCACCAUUUGAAAGUCAUCAAAGGAGAAACCAAGUGGUGGGAGGCAUUAACAUGGAGUGAAGCAGAAUGGGGAGUCGUUGGCCGGCCGUCUAUUUUUGAUUGCAUCUUUUCUCCAAUAGAUAAACAGGUUGACAUUAUGAGUCAAUUGGAGUUAGAUGAUAAUAUUGAUGACAUUCCAGUGGACCAGCCAUUGCAGUCUUCCACUGGCAAGAUCUCUGAGGACAUGGGCUGUAUCAAAACAGGUGGGAUAGUGUGUGAGCCACUACAGUCUUCUAGGGUCAAGGCCUUCAAGUAUAGGAAGAGGACCAUGGAAAUAAGGACAAUAAUAUCUGAGACUUUUGAAGAUGGGACUAGCUGGAGAAAAUAUGGCCAGAAAGAAAUUCUUAAUGCCAAAUUUCCAAGGUGCAACCUAUUUCAAUUCUCCAUGAAUCAUACAAAUGUAGUCUACUUCACAUCUAUAUAUGACUUAUUUUUGGUAAACUAUAUGGAAGCCUCUCUUGAUUUAUGCUACAUGUGGAGCAUACGCAGGAAGUAUUUCAGAUGCACUCACAAAUUUGAUGAGGGUUGUCAAGCUACCAAACAAGUGCAGAAAAUUGACCAGAAUACUUCCCUUUACCGUAUCACUUAUUUUGGCAAUCACACUUGCACACAAGCCUCCAGCGUAACAGUUUCCUCGAUGAAUAAUCAGGUUGAUGUCAUGACUCAAUUCGGGGUAGAUGAUAUUGACGACACUCCGGUGGAUGAGCCAUUACGACCUUCCAAUGCCGAGGUCAUCAAGGACAAAAAGCAUUCUCCGACGAGAAGAGCCAUGCCUAGAUGGACAUUGAAAUCUAAGGAUCUUGCCGAUGGAUACAGUUGGAGGAAAUAUGGCCAGAAAGACGUGCUUGGAGCCAAAUUUCCAAGAGGAUAUUACAGAUGCUCUCGCAGAAAUACGGAGGGUUGCCUAGCUACCAAAGUGUUGGAGAGAGAUGACGAGGAUCCUUCCCUUUUCAAUAUCACCUAUCGUGGCCGUCACACUUGCAGACAAGCUUCUAGUGCAACAAAUUCCUCCUUCAAUAAUCAGGCUGACUUAAUGACUCAAACUGAGGUCGCUGAUGAUGAUGAUGAUAAUAUUUACUAUCAUCCAGCGUUACGGCCUUCUAGCGGAAGGAUAUUUGCGGACCAAAAGCCAGUUACUGACAUAAGCAGCGGGGAAAGUGACGCUCGCACACUAGCUUCCUGUGUAACAAAUUCUACUCCCAGUUUCAGUGGAAAUCAGUGGGGCAAGUCAGCCUCCGAUUCAGAUCUAGAGGCAUUUCCUUUAAUGGGCUUCUGGAAUCUAGACUCAAGUCUUGACACAGAACAACUAUCCGGUGUUGUGGAAUUUGAUGAAAACGUCUUUAUCGACUUCACCAAGGGUUGA